AUGUUUACAAUUGGGGGAUGGGCCUUUUUAGCUUCUAAUGCGUAAACCCUUGGAAAAGGCAUUAGACACUUGAUAUAAAAGACAGAGCUUUCAAAAAAGGACCGUUUAAAUCUGAAAUCUCUUGAACGAAGACUAAUAUGCAUCACCCAGCCAUUAAAUCACUGCUUAAUUUCUCAGCAGUCUUUCAAUUCUUUAAAGUCGAAGCCAAUUGAGGUGAGUGCAAGCCUAAUCGAAGAGAUAAUUACAUUUAUCAACAGGGUCAAUAACACCCCUAACUUUGUAUUCGAUGAGGACUUUAGUUCAGAAUUAGAGCACUAUUGCUAAGAACUUGAGUUUCUUAUCCAAACUCUAUAAGUCUCAAUUAACCUUAACUCAGAAUUUGAGAAAAAUCUCAGUCCUUAAAUGCAGCAAGAAUAGUUAUUCAAGCCUAAUUUGCCUGAGAAACAUAGUCUAAGUGUUACAGCAUUCUCUAAGGCUUCGCAUAGACUUAGGAGUAUGAGUUUAGUAACUGGCUAUUUACUGGCUUAAAAGGGUUAAUUUUUUGCCAAAAUAAGCAUGCAAAAUUCAAAAGACUAAAUUGAUCAUAAAUGGAUCAAUGUUUUUGAAUCCUUAAGCGAGUUAAAUAUAGUCUAUCAUCCCAAGUACAAAAGGUUUCAAAUGGAUGUGUGCAUACUUGAAAAUCAUAUCAAUGAAAGAAAUUUAGAUAGAUCAUAGCAAUAGAAUGGUCUAAAUAGGACGCAAAGUAAACACAAUUAAAAUCUAAAGGUCACAGAUUUAAGUGAUGAUAUCGAGUAAGCAAUGAAAAGUAAAAAGAAGUUCACUUUUGUUUUGAAUUAUUCAAUGAACACUUGCUCAUUGAAAUAAGAGUCUAUGGAAUAUCAAGAAUUAGAAAGAAUUUGCUCUAAUAAUGAAAGUGAAAAUGGCCAUAUUGAAGCUCCAAAAAUCAAUCUAGAUUAGGAAUCGAUUUAACUACUAGAUAUUAUCUAGAAGCAGAGUAGAGGUGAAUGGAUAACUUGGAACUGUUCCUCAGAAGACUUCCAAUUGGUGGAUGUUUAAAAGCGCUAUCCAGAUCGAUGGAUCUAAUAAUAUGCUUUUAGGAUAGACAAAAAUACUAGUAAAUUUGCCUAAAGUGAACUCUUUUCAAUAAUAGAUAUAAUAUACUUACUCAGACUAAGUGCAUACGAGAAUGAGCAAUAGAAAAUAUUUGGUCACAGAUAUCAAAAGUAUGUCUCUAACUAAUUAGAGUUCAAUAAAGAGUAGCGUAAAAGUGAGAAACUUAGAGGAAGAGGCCUGGUUGAAGAUGAGAUACAAAGUAAAAAAGUAAAUGACCCUGAUAAGGAACUAGAUAUCGAUGCUGAAUUGAAUGAGAUGCAUGGACUAGCUCAUCUCUAAGCCUCUGAUGAGGAACUGUAUUAAUUAUUGUGCAAUUAUUGA